AUGAUCGCGGCCAAUGGGCAGCCGGCGGCGCUGUCGAUGUCCACACCGGUCUCGGCGAACAUCUCGCCCGCGCAGAUGUCGCUCGACCCCGGCACGGCGCAGCUGCUUGGGGCGUCCAUGAUGCCGGCGAAUCUCGCGCCAGGGAUGUCUUUCUCGGUCGUGCAGAACGGCCCCUCCAACGCCAGCACCGCCACCGCCGCCGCUGCGACCACGCCGAUGCUGCAGGCCACCACCGAUGCGAAUGGCAACACCACCUACGUGUACGUAAACGCGCCCAUAACGAACUCAGCGCCGACUGGGCCUCGCAUGCUCACACCGCCGGCCGCCGGCACCUACUUUGUGCAGACGCCGUCCGGUAUUCAGGCCUUCUCGGCCCCCGUGCAGGCGGCGCAGAUGCCCACGUACUACGCUCCGAAGCAGGCCACUACGACCGCCAACGCAACUCCGGGGGCGGCCAGCUUGCAGCCGCAAGGCCAGCCGUACUUCCCAUCCAUGACGGUGCCGCCGAUGUUUGUGGACGCGCAGGGCAACCCCGUGACACCCAUGCAGCAGAACAUCAUCAUGCCCAACUACUACCCGUCUUUCACGCCGCAGCAGCUUCUCGCGUCGCAGCAGCCACCGCAACAGCCACAGUAUCCGCAGCAGUUCAUGGUGCAGCCGCAGCAGCCGCAACAGCCGCAGCAGGCGCCUAUGCAAAGGCGCUCGUCACUGCCGAGCUUCGCGGAGGCGUCGGGUGCCGCGGCAUCCCUCCCGAUGAUGGUGACACCCACGAAUGCCCCCUUUGCGAGGAUGAGCAGCGCACCCAUCUCGAACGCCAGCGAGCGCUCGCCCGCCACGCAGCAGCUGCCGCAGCCCUCGCACCCCGACAUCACAUCCACCCACUUCGUGUCGCCGCAGCUCAGCAGCACGGCCAGCAACACGAACUUCGUGGCGACAGCCGGGUCGUCGGCGAUUGUGACGCCGAUGGACGGGGGCAUGGCCGUGCCGACCAACACGCUGCGACCGGCCUAUGACCCGCCCCGCACGGUGGUGCCGCUAGCGGCGGUGUCGUUGGGUGUGUCGACCGGCGCCAGUGGUGUGGUGGUUGAGGACGGCGAGGAGGAGCACCCGCUGUUUAACUACGACUCGCUGGGCAUGAAUGACGGCAACAACUCGCUAACGUCGGCGUCGUCCAUGACGGCAACGAACGACAUGCCGGUGACGGCGGUGCAUUUGGGCAUUGAGGAGGACGAGGUAUCCGAGACGGGCUCGGAGGCCGCUGCUAUCUCGCGGUUUCAGGCCGGGAAGCACUAA